AUGACUGGCUCGCCGAACGGUCAUAGACAAAAGCAAUCGGUGAACCCGACUAGGGGAUUCAAGACCGGACAAGACAUCAAGGAAUUCUCUCGUCUGCAACAACAGAGGGUCGAUGAAGCGAAAAGAACCGACAAGCUCUCUUCCGAGCAUUUACUCGAAAUUCAGGAGGAGAGACAGAUGGUCAAAGGUCUGGUGGAUUCGCCCAUCCCGACUGACGAAACAAUAGAAGCUUAUAAUAAGCGGAUGAAAAGACGUGAAGAGUUCACUGCAAGGCGGAAGGCUCAUCACGACAAAGCUUUGGAACAUUACAAGGAGUUCUUUGCUGUCGUAGCGGACGAAUGCGCUGCUGAAGUGCAGCUCGUGUCGGAGGAUCUCAAGGCUUGUAUGGGAAAGCAGGAUCACGAAAUUUCGGCUUUACUAUGUGUGAUGGAAUUUGAAGAGACGGAUCACGCGGGGGAGGCGAUAAUGAGGUCUAAAAGCGUUGAGUGGAUUGAUGAAGUAUUGGAGAUCAUUGAAUCCACUAUCGCAGGCCGGAGGAAACUGAUCGAUGACUUUGCACAGCGUUUUGAGUUUGAUGCCAAUAGGCUUAACCAGACUAUGCCAAACUACUAUGAGCAGUAG